AUGGCAGGUCCUCAUAUGGGGUCUGGAGAGGAUCGCCCCCCACCCCAAGCAAGACAUGCAGCAGAAAAGAAAAAAACAAUUAUAUAUAUAAAGCUCUUUGAAUUUGGGUCGGCCACGUAGCGUCCGAUUGACCGCCAGAGGUACGACGAGAACGAGGACUUGUCGGACGUGGAGGAGAUCGUCAGCGUCCGCGGCUUCAGCCUGGAGGAGAAGCUGCGCAGUCAGCUGUACCAGGGGGACUUCGUGCACGCCAUGGAGGGCAAAGAUUUCAACUAUGAAUACGUGCAGAGAGAAGCCCUCAGGGUUCCCCUGAUAUUUCGAGAAAAGGAUGGACUGGGGAUUAAGAUGCCUGACCCUGAUUUUACAGUCCGAGAUGUCAAACUCCUAGUGGGUAGCCGGCGGCUGGUGGAUGUGAUGGAUGUGAACACCCAGAAGGGCACGGAGAUGAGCAUGUCCCAGUUUGUGCGGUACUACGAGACGCCCGAGGCCCAGCGGGACAAGCUGUACAAUGUCAUCAGUCUUGAGUUCAGCCACACCAAGCUGGAGCACCUGGUCAAGCGUCCGACUGUGGUAGAUCUGGUGGAUUGGGUGGACAACAUGUGGCCCCAGCAUCUGAAGGAGAAGCAGACAGAAGCCACGAAUGCCAUCGCCGAGAUGAAAUACCCGAAAGUGAAGAAGUAUUGUCUGAUGAGCGUGAAAGGCUGUUUCACUGACUUCCACAUCGACUUUGGAGGCACUUCCGUUUGGUACCAUGUUUUCCGGGGUGGGAAGAUCUUUUGGCUGAUUCCUCCAACCCUGCACAACUUGGCACUGUACGAGGAGUGGGUGCUGUCAGGCAAACAGAGUGACAUCUUCCUGGGAGACCGCGUGGAGCGAUGCCAAAGAAUUGAGCUGAAACAGGGCUACACGUUUUUCAUCCCUUCCGGUUGGAUCCAUGCAGUCUACACCCCUGUAGACUCUCUGGUAUUUGGCGGAAACAUCCUGCACAGCUUUAACGUGCCCAUGCAGCUGCGUAUCUACGAGAUCGAGGACAGAACACGGGUGCAGCCCAAAUUUCGCUACCCCUUCUACUAUGAGAUGUGCUGGUAUGUCUUGGAAAGAUACGUGUACUGUGUGACCCAGCGGUCCUACCUCACUCAGGAAUACCAGAGAGAAUCCAUGCUUAUUGAUGCCCCUAGAAAACCCAGCGUAGACGGCUUCUCAUCUGAUUCCUGGCUGGAGAUGGAGGAGGAGUCCUGUGACCAGCAGCCUCCAGAGGAGAAGGAGGAAGAGGAGGAAGAGGAGGAAGGUGCAGACAAGGUGCCCAAGCCACCCGCCGAUGGCCCUCCAUCGCCCACCAGCACCCCCUCAGAGGACCAGGAGGCCCCCGGGAAGAAGCCCAAAGCACCUGCCCUGCGGUUCCUCCAAAGGACUUUGUCUAACGAGUCGGAGGAAAGUGUGAAGUCCACGACGGUGCCCGCAGACUACCCCAAGACACCCACUGGCUCCCCUGCCACGGGGGUCUCCGCCAAGUGGACCCACCUCACCGAGUUUGAGCUGAAGGGCCUGAAAGCGCUGGUGGAGAAACUGGAAUCCCUCCCAGAGAACAAGAAGUGUGUCCCUGAGGGCAUCGAGGACCCCCAGGCACUCCUGGAGGGCGUGAAGAAUGUCCUGAAGGAGCAUGCAGAUGACGACCCCAGUCUGGCCAUCACUGGGGUCCCGGUAGUCACUUGGCCAAAGAAGACUCCAAAGAACCGGGCAGUAGGUCGGCCCAAGGGGAAGCUGGGCCCGGCCUCGGCCGUGAAGUUGGCCGCCAACCGGACGACGGCGGGAGCUCGCCGGCGCCGGACGCGAUGCCGCAAGUGCGAGGCCUGCCUGCGGACCGAGUGCGGAGAGUGUCACUUCUGCAAGGACAUGAAGAAGUUUGGGGGCCCCGGGCGGAUGAAGCAGAGCUGCAUCAUGCGGCAGUGCAUCGCGCCCGUGCUGCCCCACACCGCCGUGUGCCUGGUGUGUGGCGAGGCAGGGAAGGAAGACACAGUGGAAGAGGAAGAGGGAAAGUUUAACCUCAUGCUCAUGGAGUGCUCCAUCUGCAAUGAAAUCAUCCACCCUGGAUGCCUUAAGAUUAAGGAGUCAGAGGGCGUGGUCAACGAUGAGCUUCCAAACUGCUGGGAGUGUCCAAAGUGUAACCACGCCGGCAAGACCGGGAAACAAAAGCGUGGCCCUGGCUUUAAGUAUGCCUCCAACCUGCCUGGCUCCCUGCUCAAGGAGCAGAAGAUGAACCGGGACAACAAGGAAGGGCAGGAGCCUGCCAAGCGGAGGAGUGAGUGUGAGGAGGCACCUAGGCGCAGGUCAGACGAACACCCCAAGAAGGUGCCCCCGGACGGCAUCCUGCGCCGAAAGACGGACGACGUGCACCUGAGAAGGAAGCGGAAAUACGAGAAGCCCCAAGAGCUGAGUGGACGCAAGCGAGCCUCGACGCUGCAAACGUCCCCCGGUUCCUCCUCUCACCUCCCGCCGAGGCCCCCUCUAGGCAGCAGCCUCAGCCCCUGGUGGAGAUCCAGUCUCACUUACUUCCAGCAGCAGCUAAAACCUGGCAAAGAAGAUAAGCUUUUUAGGAAAAAGCGGCGGUCUUGGAAGAACGCCGAGGACCGGAUGGCUCUUGCCAACAAGCCUCUCCGGCGCUUCAAGCAGGAGCCGGAGGAUGACCUGCCCGAGGCACCCCCCAAGGCCCGGGAAAGCGACCACUCCCGCUCCAGCUCCCCUACCGCUGGGCCCAGCACGGAGGGGGCAGAGGGCCCAGAGGAGAAGAAAAAGGUAAAGAUACGCAGGAAAAGGCGGCUUCCCACCAAGGAGCUGAGCAAGGAGCUGAGCAAGGAGCUGAACCAAGAGAUCCAGAAGACGGAGAACAGCCUGGCCAACGAGAACCACCAGCCCAUCAAGUCAGAGCCCGAGAGUGAGAGCGAGGAGCCCAAGCGGCCCCUGGGCCUCUGCGAGCGCCCCCACCGCUUCAGCAAGGGGCUCACCGGCACCCCUCGGGAGCUGCGGCAUCAGCUGGGGCCUGGCCUGCGCAGCCCACCCCGUGUCAUCUCCCGGCCCCCUCCCUCCGUGUCCCCGCCCAAGUGCAUCCAGAUGGAGCGACACGUGAUUCGGCCACCCCCCAUCAGCCCCCCGCCUGACUCACUGCCCCUGGAUGACGGGGCGGCCCACGUGAUGCACAGGGAGGUGUGGAUGGCCGUCUUCAGCUACCUCAGCCACCAAGACUUGUGUGUCUGCAUGCGGGUCUGCAGGACCUGGAACCGCUGGUGCUGCGAUAAGCGGUUAUGGACCCGCAUCGAUCUGAACCACUGCAAGUCCAUCACACCCCUGAUGCUGAGUGGCAUCAUCCGGCGGCAGCCUGUCUCCCUGGACCUCAGCUGGACCAAUAUCUCCAAGAAACAGCUGAGCUGGCUCAUCAACCGGUUGCCUGGGCUCCGAGACUUGGUGCUGUCAGGCUGCUCGUGGAUCGCGGUCUCCGCACUCUGUAGCUCCAGCUGUCCGCUGCUCCGAACCCUGGAUGUCCAGUGGGUAGAAGGACUGAAGGACGCCCAGAUGCGGGAUCUCCUGUCCCCACCCACAGACAACAGGCCAGGUCAGAUGGACAAUCGGAGCAAGCUCCGGAACAUUGUGGAGCUGCGUCUAGCAGGCCUGGACAUCACGGACGCCUCCCUGCGGCUCAUCAUACGCCACAUGCCCCUGCUCUCCAAGCUCCACCUUAGUUACUGUAACCAUGUUACUGACCAGUCCAUCAACCUGCUCACUGCUGUGGGCACCACCACCCGAGACUCCUUAACCGAAAUCAACCUAUCAGACUGCAAUAAGGUUACUGACCAGUGCCUGUCCUUCUUCAAACGCUGUGGAAAUAUCUGUCAUAUUGACCUGAGGUACUGCAAGCAGGUGACCAAGGAAGGCUGUGAGCAGUUCAUAGCUGAAAUGUCUGUGAGUGUCCAGUUUGGGCAAGUGGAAGAAAAACUCCUGCAGAAACUGAGUUAGUCCAAGGACAAGUAUUCUUGCCGAGGGAGAAGCCGUUCCACCACCCGUUUGAGGGAACCGGACCCUUUGCUUUGGGCUCUCUGAAUUGUAACUGCACUGCUUUCCGGACCAUUUCUAAAGGCAGCCUUUAUCAAGAAGACAUUCCCACGGGAGAGGAGGAUGGAUGUUGAAGAAAUUCGCUUACUGAAGCGUGAGCUUAGGAGUUUGGAUGGUGGUGGUGGUUUGGUUUUGGACGCCUCAUUCCUUGCAACUCCGGGGGGUGGUGUCAACAUCAAGUGGACCACACACCACAUUGCUGCCGUUGUGACACUUUUUGUUUGUUUGGUUUUGUUACAUCUUACAUUAUGCAGAACUAUUUUUGUACAAAUUGUUUAAAAGUUAUUUAUGCAAGGUUUGAAUGCAUACCUGUGUUUUUAUUGUUUUGAGAUUGACAACUUUCCUGGUUUCCUUAAGGUAGGAGAGAACUUAACCUGUACUUCAUCGAUACAAAUAAUCCGUCUCCACACGUGCCCAGAUCUGGCAAAGCAGGUGAAGACCUUCCAAUUAAAAGCAUGUUUAACUGGAAGUUGAGAGCCUGCUUUGUACGUCAAGAAUUACAUAAGCAUGUGGAUAUAUGUUAAUUAUAGUCGAAGUAAGACACGUUGCCAAGUUUCCUCUGUAUAGAAUUCACCCAUUUCUCAAAAUUUUAAAAUUCACACUUCAGCCUUUGCACUCAGGAGGGUUUUGCGCCGGCAUGAGCUCUUGUAUUCUACACAGGUCUAAUUUAUACAGUGGGUCAAGAAGUAGAAUAAACGAUCCAACAUAGCCUUUUCCUUUUUUCUCUCCCUUGAAGUGAGUUGAGUUCUCGUUCAAAGUUUAGAACACGGCUCUUUCUUUCCUCGUUGUAAAGUUACACCUUCAUCGGUGCCAUUGUUGUAAGGUGGUGUUUUCCUAGACCUUCCC